UUGGCAAGAAAGCUAGCAUUCCGCUGUCUGUAACCUCUUUCGUUCGACGAUGUUUGCUUUUGGGAUCUAUGCCUUGGCGUUUCUCCUCACUGUGGCGGAAGGCUCUCGAAGGUGUUCCCACAGGAAGCAGGAUCUUUUUAUUGUGGUCGAUGGAUCAAGACGAAUCGAUCCUGCUCAAUUCGACAAAAUAAGAACAUUUCUACAAAAUUUCGUGUCUCGCCUGGAUGUGGGUCUUGGUAAGACCCACGUUGGCUUGCUUUUAGCGGACCAUAAAGAGAGAACAAAAAUCGAGAUUAGCUUAGGUCAAUAUGGUUCAAUUGACUCACUUAGCAAUGCUAUUGGUCGGCUCAAAUGUCAUGGGAGAAGACAAUCUGAUAUGGCGUAUGCUUUGGAAGUUGUACAAAAGAAGGUUUUCAACAACAAAAACGGUGACCGAAAGAAAGUGAACGAUGUUCUCAUCGUUUUUACCAACAGAUUUCUUCCCACCCAGUUGGAAGAUGUUUUGCGCAAAGCUCACAAACUUAAGCAAAAAAAUGUCGAGAUCAUAACCGUGUUCUCUCAAGCCACGAAGAUAGCGUGGAACGUGAAGGAUGAGUUGACAGCUGUCGCAUCAAUACCAGAAAAUGUCUUGACACUUCAGUCGAACAGGAAAUUAAGACGGACGUUGAAAAAGAGAAUUUGUCCGUCGGCUCGUGCGAUGCAUCCCACCAAAGGAUGUGUCCGAAAAAAUCAUGACGUGUUUUUUGUGCUGGAUGGCUCGGGCAGCAUUAAACUGUCGUAUUUUGAAAGAAUGAAAUAUUUUCUCAUACAUCUCAUCAAAGAGCUUGAUGUUGGCCGGCACAGCACCCAUGUUGGAUUGCUACAAUUCAGUCACAGCAUCAAAACUAGAAUUGAAUUCAAUUUGGGUGAGCACCAAACAUUCGAGGAGGUUAAAGAAGCAAUUUUAAACAUGCCUUAUCAAGAAGGAGGGACAGACGCCGGAGAUGCUCUGGAAAUCGUUAACACGAAGGUGUUCCCCCAAAAUGUUUUAUAUCGUCCAAACGUCUCGGAUGUUGUCGUCAUCCUGACCGACGGGGAGGCACGUGACAGAGAGAAGGCUCUCGAAGAGGCAAAGAAAUUGCGCGAAAAAAGAGUUCAGAUCAUAACCAUAGGGAUGGGAGAAGAAGAGACGGUCGCGACAUUCAGGAAAGAUCUUAGAGCGAUGGCUUCAAAGUCCAGUAAUGUUUUUACUGCAGAUUUCAAGAAACUACCGUAUUUGGUGAAAACGCUGACGUCAGAGAUUUGCUUUGCAAAACCCCCCAAAACAAUGGAAUGUGCACAUCAGAAGCGCGACAUUCUACUCCUCGUGGACGGGUCAGCCAGCGUUGGUUGGCAAGAUGUUAGGACGGUGAAGAAAUUUUUACAAAAACUUGUGAUGGAACUGAACGUCGGCGAAGAUAGCAAUCGUGUUGCGUUGACACAGUUCAGCGAGCAAGGGAAGACUAAGACGGAAUUUGGAUUUGACCGUUAUUACCAAGCUAGGAAAAUUAGCCGUGCAAUCCACAAAAUGGUGUACCAUGCGGGGAAAAGAACGAUGUUAGGUCAUGCCUUGGAAUUAGCGGAUAGCUCGAUAUUCGAUGGCUUCGAUGGUGACAGAGCAGAUGUGAGUAACGUGAUAAUCUUGGUGGCUGACGGUGGUGCGCAUGACCAGACCCAGGCUUCGGAAAAUGCGGCAAAAUUAAGACAGCGGGGAGUUCACAUCGUGACGGUAUACAUCGCCAACUCGAAAUCCGAGGAGGAAAACAAGGAUUUCCUUCGUAGCAUUUCGUCUAGUCCAAGCGACUUCUACACGUCAAGUUUCGACGAACUGAAGUACAUUGCCGCUGACCUUGUCAAAGUUGUUUGCAGAAGCAAGUAAUUCAGAGUUAAUGCCCUAGAGUGGUAAAAUAGAGUCGCCGCUAAGGAAACUGAUCUCUGAAUACCCCAAGACGGACACUGGAGAUAGUCGAAACCAAAUUCUCUCUUUCAACGGUCCAUACCUAGUAUAGUUACUGGGGUAUACAAUUCAGAAUAAUCAAUAGUGCCAUAGACAAUAAUAUUGACGUUAAAUGGAGUUUAUUUAAAGCCAAUAUAGACCCUUUCGAUGAUUACGUCACAACAUUAUCGUUAUAAAUUUAGAACCACCUUAAAUAAGAUGGAUUUCUAGUUUUAAGGCUGCUUUUCACUUACGCGUUUUUUAAAUGCUUUUAAAUUUUUAUUAUUUAACAUCUAGGUCAACUAAUGCAUACUAAAAUAUGCA